CCGAAAUAGUCGACAGAGACGAAGGAAGGAUAUGCAUAUGGUGCAAGAUGAUUUUAGUUGGGCGUAAUGACUAAUACUGAUGCUUUUCUCUAGAAGCUCUAUGAGUUGUAUGCGAAUAUCAAGAUGGUCGUUAAUUUAUUAAAGAACUUGAUUGCAAGCUUUAAACUGAUUAACUAAUUUGUACAACUAGCUACAACUAGCUACCUACAAGAUAUCAUUUUGGAUCACAUUACUUACUUUGUAAAGAUUAUUGUGCGAAGCCGAAGGAAAAACUACUUGGAUCCAAAUCUAUAACAAAGAAAGAUAUCGACUCAUAUCCAUAUGAGUGUAUAAUCUAUGUUAUUGUUAUAAAUGUCAAAUAUGCAUGGAAGGAGAAUAUCGCUUGGCCGUUAAUCGAACAAAAACAGAUGGUGGGAAGUCGGAGCAGUAGAUUUCCAAGUCUCCGGACGUGGACAGCACUUCUGUCCGUUGCUGUGAAUGUUGUAGCAGCACUAAAAUUGCAAGGUGGGAAACGCGGAAAGCAAAAAAAUAAAGGAAACAACAAGCGCAACAUCAAGAACAAGACUGGGCUCGACCUGGAGGCGGACCCGGAGGAAGGCGAUGGAAGUACUUCUGAUUCUUCGAGUACCAACGCAACCAAUGUGACAACGGUAUCUACUUUCGAUGAAGCUCCUGGCGCUAUAUCUGCAUCUGCUGCGUAUAGUUCGCCUACAGGAGGAGGCCUCAAAUCUGCGUUGCUGAAAGGCCCCUCAAAAAGGAAGAUGGAAGGAAUGAGCGUGAAGCUUGACCCGAGCACCCUAUACAAAGGUAUUCAUCGUGUUUCCUAAGAAAUUUGGAUUUGCAUUGUUGGUUUAAUCUACUUAGAUAUUUUGAGAAAAGAUAGAUGUCUCCUCGCCGAUUGCAGCAGCGUUUGUGGACUAAUAGAGUAGUUCUUUCCAAAACCAUAAAUUUUUGCUAUGUUGAUUUUGAUGCACCUUCUGAUCAAUACGGAGCGGAUAUCAGCGGCUUCAUCUAACACAGUCAAUGUUGUAUUAAUUCAAAUUCAACACACGGACCCUUCUAUUGGUAACGCCUUCAUCUACUUGUUCUUGUUGUUGUUUGCGCAGGUCUGCCGCACAGUUACGAACCGAAACACGAAACGGGCGAGGCAGGCAAAGUUCUCUGCAAAGCUCUCUGGCAAAAAAAGUAUCUAUGGCUCCGAUUUCGACUUCACGACUUUAUCUCUCGGGGUGGAGACUUCAGUCAUUUCAAGCACUGUUCUCUCCGCUUCAAAGCUUAUUAGCAUGCUUGCAGAAGCAAGCAUACUACCACCAUCCAAUAGAAAGAUCUUCUACGUCGCACGCGCACCAAUAGAAAGAUAUACAUCUAAAAAUAGCAAGAGCCAACUAAGUUUAUCGAAUAAGUGAAAUAAGAUGAGCUGCAAGGAUUGCCAUAGAGGAGUAGCUAGCACUUGGUUAGUAUUGAGCAAUCUCAAGAUCGCGUAGUAGUCGGCAGGUGGUGAAUCGGGUUGAGGAGAUACUGACCGCAAUCGACUAAAGAGAGGCACUUAUAGAUGUAGAUGCGCCUUUACUCAAUUAUAGAAAGAAUAUAUAUAAUUCAGGGCCGGACGGUCCCCCCCCCUCCGCCCCCCCCUGUGGUCUGGUCUGUGGUGGCGCGCGCGCUUUUCCGCGCGGAUUUUUCGCGGAUUCUAAUGGUGGAAGGAAAACUUGGCGCGGGCCUCCCCUUGGGCCUCUCAGCGUGUUCCCAAGGGACCCCCGCCCUGGCCUCUGUAGACCCUCGCAGGCGGGAGGUCUCCGGGGUAAAAGGCGGCCACGGUCGCAAGAGCAAGCAAUCCGAUGGCCAAGGGCCCGGAGGGUCCAGGCGGCACGGCUCAGGGGGUCCAGCCCCUCGCCUUUUGCCGCCUUCGGAGCCCUUCCGCUGCCGGCGCACUGCUGCGGCGGCGAAGCCUAGCGGAUGCAUUUAGGGCACAGGCAGGCACCUGGACGGGAGCGCAGGCGGUCCCUUCGGCCUCUUUUCAAGCCUCCCACCACCAUCGGAGGCCCCUGGGGAACAGCCAGGCAGCUGGAAGGGAGCGGAGGGGGGAGGUCCCUGGGCCUCCUUUUGAGGCCUUCCACCCCCGGCAGACGCCCUAAAAAGGGGGCCAGGGCCAUAUAUACAACCUAAGGAGGUAGAAUAAGCUACUUAAGUCCUUCUCGCCACCUUUUUUACCAUCGAGUAGAACGGACUCGACUAUCGAGUACGAGGCCAUAUUUUGUAUUUUUAUUCAGCUGUACGUAGUACCAGGCAAAUUAUGAAGCGUCGCCCGUCUCCGUGUGCGUCUUUGUCGCAUCCUCCUCUAAUGUUUGCUUUGCUCUUGAUCAAGGAUGAGACGAUGUGGCAAACGCGUGACGAGCGAGAACAACAUAGAGAAGCUCUUGCAAAGCUUUUCGGAAAGUUGAAGGACACUUUUGAAGGCAUGGUCAAGCACGGGAUCCCUCUCGUGCUGAUGGAAAGCGAUGAAGUUUUAGACUUGGAGAAUCCAGAUGCACUUGGUGACCAGCAGGCAAAAGCAGGAGUUGCAGAAGCAGGAAGUGUCGGCGUCCACACCAGCGUUCUUGAGGAUCAGGCACAAGCAGGAGUUCGCGUCCACACCUCCGAGGACGUUCUUGGGGAUCCGGCAGAGAAGAUAGCAGGAAGUGCCCUCGCCGACGUUGAGGACCACGCACAAGCAGGAGCUCUUGGCCGCACCACCAUCAAAGUUGAGGACUUCCACUCGUCGACUCCGCAGAACUUCUACCUGUUGACUUUUGAUGCAUUGCUUGACUACAUGCGCGAGGUGUAUGCCGCGAUUCAGUGGAGCCUGGAGUAUGAAGAGGGGGUUACGUCUCCGGAUCUUGCUCGCUUGUAUGCUAUCGUGGACGAUAUCGCGAGCUGUGACAACGAGGACUUGAUAAAAAAGAAGGACGACAUCUUGGAUGAGAACGCAAGACCUAGUUUAGAAACCCUCAAAAAAUUUUUCGAUUUAUGAUCAGGUUAUUACUGUUGUUGCUGUUGUUGGUGGAUACCUAUCUAUGUAUCUAUUUAGAAAUAAAAGAGUAAGGAUCUAAAACAGUCAAUCAUUGACAGCACGGGAAAAGUAAAUCUAAAAAGUCACCUUCUGACAUUUUUUUGUGAUUUCUUCUUAGCUGAGGCUUUUUCGCAAAGUAAUGGCUCAUCAUCUCUAAAUAUGAAAGCAGAAAAGGAUCCGAGCGUAAAGGCAGCUGCAGGUAUGCGGGAAAGAGCCGUUAAGAAGCGAGAGAAUUUUCUUAAAGGCGCCUGCCAGAGUACGCGGGAAAAAUGGAUAUUCGGACCGGAUUUUUUUUCUGAUAAUGUUGACGUGGUAUCCGGCGGCCGCGCCGAACAGCCUUCUGGUUCUGCUGGUGGUGCAUUCUCAUCGUCGUCGAUGCAGGAGCAGGAGGAUAGAAGCAAUCCUUCCGAUGCCGAACAAGAGGAAACAGUAGACAUAGCUAUGUGGGAAUUAACAGCGUCAUCUGGGUCCCCAAGUAGCAGAGCCCAUCAUGCCCAGGAAGAUGAAGAAGACAAUGUUGAGAAAAGAAGCUUAACUUCUAGUAGGUCAGCUUUGUUGCGUACAAAAAUUUGCUGCGCGUCAAAAGAAUCGCCAAUGCCAGAUGAAGGAACGUCAUCUUGUACCUCAUUAACUCAACAACGUCAAACAAGAAGCAGAAACAAAGAUGGAGAACAACAUGCAGAGGAAGCAGGAGAACGAGCACAAUCAACACGGCCGAAAAGUCCAGAGGAGCUGCUCAACGAUCUAAAAAGGAAGAUCAUGCACUCUAGUGUAGUCCAAAAGGGGAUGGAAAAGCUUCGAGGACCUCUCACCGUACUCCUCAACAUGCUAUCAUGUUUAAGGGCAGUCGAUCAUUAUCUCGUUCUCGCGUGUGUGAGGAGGUAUCCAUAUGUAUCCUGAGUACUUAAUUGUAGGCAACUAUUGGCUUUCCCUUUAAAUUGGAAGGGGAAACCAUGCGCCUGCAGGGAAACUCUACUACUCAGGGAAACUCAACUCAGGAGUACCAUUCCGUGUCCGUGACGGAUAAUGAUCGACUAGCUUUAACAUGUCAAGCCCACAGACGCAGGUCGACGCCUUUCCUCCUCUCUCACGCGCAUGAAGUGACGGAGGCGCCUCUUCUCAACCCCAUUGAGGACCCGGAGAAACGUCGCUUGUUGCGCAACAAAAGGUUCCUCGCUCUACGAUUCGACUCCGAUUUCUGGUAUUACUGAAAAACUAAAACUUUUACUUUAGAUUUUGAUUUUCUUUCGCUACGUCUACUUCUUAUUCUUUCAUCUUGCGUAAUGCAAAUGAUUACCAGUAUCUCGUGUCAUUUGACAAGCGAAUCUUCUAUUUGGUUUAUGGAAAUUUCAGGCUGUAGCUUAGACCCGUAUUGCAAAUAAACAUGGAUGAUGCAUUGAAGUACUUACUUUUCAUUAUCUUCUCGUCCACCAGGGCGUCGCACUUGCGAGGUUUGGCAUGGGGAAGCCUCGACUUCUUCUUAGAUGUAGUGGAGAACGACGACCCCUCCUGGCACUUGGAGAAAAAGAUGCUAGUAGAGCAAUGGCCCACAGCGGACUUGGCAGCAAAGGAAAUUGUGAUCAUCGCUACUCGCCGUGAACUCCUGGACAAAGAAAGUGGGGUCCCUGUUGUGCCAGGGGUCUCAUUUGCACCGGAAAGAUUGCUCGCCAGGAGGUGUGAGAGGAGGGCUACUAAGUCCUCUAGUACUUCAGAAAAGAGAGCAGCAGCAGUAACAUUAACAUCGUCAUCGACCGCAUCUUCAGCGCCAUCGAAAUCUGUGGAUCGUGAGGUACCUUCUAGAGAAGAUGGCGAAGCCGCCAGUGCCAGUGGCAUGGAUGUUGGCCGACCUCAGUCAGGAUCUGAAGGGGAAGCAACAAGCUCAUCAUCUUCAGGUGGCCAACAAGUGGUAGCUAGUGCACCAGAUGAACUUUUAGCAAGUAGUCCACAAGAUGAACAAGACCACGAAAGUGAUAGCAGCUUACGCGAAUUAGAAGCAGGUGCUGAAAGUGGCGUCGAAGGUGACGUUGAUGGUGAGUCAGCAGAUCAAUCGGGGAAUGAGUGCACGACUCCUCUCUUCCUGGAUACUACUGACUAUACUACAGUGACCACGGAUCCUGCAGCGGAACGACGACUGUCCAAGAAAGUGGAAGAAAUUCAUGUGUCAACACCAUCAUCCACUCAUACAACUAGUAAACCCUUCUUGCCGUUAACGCUAUCACCAGUAACUGGUGGCGGUAGUUCUUGUCCUGGGGCGGGAGGAGCAACAGCAAUAGAAGGAGAAGCAGAAGACUUACCAACCGUUCCUGGGCACGAUCCAUCUGAUUCUGAGUGCACAAGGAAAGUCUUAAGAACCGCAGAGCAGGCUUCUACAAGGUGUGAUGUAGGAGCGGAAGAGACUACAAAAAAGAAGAACAACCGUACUAAAAGGAAAACAACAGCACUAUCACUAUCUGCAACUGCAUCAAGUAGUAAGACUGGCUCGACGACAGCCGCUCCAGAACCGGUUUUGUGCAGCACCACGACUCCACCUCCGAAACAAAUACAAAUACCUUCAAGUGCAACAGUCCAGCAAGACGAAAGAAGAGAAGCACAGACACAGUCGACCGAAAAGCAAGAAGAUAUUCUUCUUGAACCAUGUGUUCGCGUUCAACGCAAGCCAGGAGGAGCCAUACCUGGUCACGAUUGCUUCCGGGACGACGAAGUUGAUGAUCCCAGCAGAGCAGGCACCGCUCCUGCCGCAGUAGACCCUCAAGUAAAAAGUGGUAAAAAAAGUGAUACAAUCAAAUCUCCAGGAUCGCUGUCCGGGUCUGCCACUCCCGCCUCCACCAUGGCAGCGUCGACAAGGGCGCCGUCCCCGGUUCCUUACGGUGAAGGACCCGAUGCUACUGAUGGUGUGGAGACCUUGUCUCCUUCUUCAUCAAAGGCGGAAAUAGAUACUAACGCUGAUCCUGAUGACGCGGAGCUGCGCGUGCGCGACUAUCUGAAUGCGGCUAAGAAGAUGGAGGUUGCUUUUGCCCGACUGACGGUGAGCGACGAUAGUAAGGCCAUGCUGACUGACGAUGAUGACCAACACGAAGAAAAGGUGCAAUCAGAUGAAGACGACCUCGACCAGCACAGCGUCAGCGAAGAGCCAGAGACGAAAAUGCUGCAAUCAGAAGAACGAUCUGAAGGCGAACAAGAUGGCCUCGUUCUCGAGGAACACAAAGAGCGUAGGACUGUUGACCUUGCCGUAGGAAGUGAUGAAGGAGAGGCUGAUCUCGAUUUGGCGUGGUUUGGUCCCACUCCAGCACCCAGUGAGUUGGACCAAGAGGAAUUUCAGGAGCGUUACCGAGAGGUCCUCGGAAUCUCAUGCGAGAGCCAAGAGGACGACACACAUAAGUAG